UAGACCUAUAUUUAAAAAAAUGUGUUGUCACCCUUGUCGAUGUUGAUUUAACUAUCAAAUUAUUUUCAGAAGAAACUAUAUCUGAAGACAGGGGAGAAUCUAUCGGUCUGCUUCAUGAAAUGGGAGUAUCGACCAAUCAACUUAAAGAAAUGCGCAAGAAAGUCAUCGACAAACUUGCCAACAAGAGUUCUGAACCGAGUGAUGUAACUUGCAUAUGGGACUAUGCCGGCCAACUUGAAUAUUUCAUUACUCACCGAAUUUUUAUUACAGAUGGAAAUUCUUAUGGAGUUGUUUUCAGUUUGGUAGAUGCUUUGGAUAAACUGGCAAAAAGAAGAGAUCCCAAAAAAGGACAUUUUGAGAUGACAAAUCUGCAAAUGAUCAUAUUUUGGAUAAGGCUGAUUUAUGAGUAUGCUGUACUGCUACGUGACUCAGAGGAGAAACCUUUGAUCAAUGGAAUUAUCGCAUCACCGACGAUUAGUCUGAUUGGGACGCACAAGGACCUACUCACGGGGAGUGAUGCUGAGAAGCAGGCAAAGAUUGAUGUCGUAUUAGGCAAAAUUUUAGAAGAACUCAAAGGGAAGCCAUACGAACGUCACGUAGAUCGCGAGAUGUAUGCUGUAGACAACACCACAGCACUGGAUGAAGGAAUUGAAAGACUGAAAAUAAAAGUAGGCGGUUUCAUGAAGUCAAUGGCAAGAACUGUUCCAAUAAAUUGGAUGGACUUCCAAAUUGAGGUACAAGAAGCCGGGAAAACAACUCUGCGCAUGUCUUUAGAUAAGAUCGCUAAGAUUGCUGAUCAAUGUGGUAUAAAUGAAGACAACGUCAUCCACGUCCUCAAUUACCUUAAUGAUCUUGGAAUCAUCCUGUAUUCGCCCACUAACAAGAAAUUGAAGAACACUGUGAUUAUUAACAUCCAUAUGCUGAUUGGUAUCUUCAUGAAAAUCAUUACAGUUGUGGAACCUGAUGAUGUUAAGACUGCUCCAGUAAUGAUACAGUAUUGGCGUAAGUUCGACGAAACAUCUACAUUUCUCUCGCUUGAACAUUUCUCUCGUGUGGACAUAUUUGCAUUUGCAAUUUUAAUAAUCAUCGCUAAGAUUGCUGAUCAAUGUGGUAUAAAUGAAGACAACGUCAUCCACGUCCUCAAUUACCUUAAUGAUCUUGGAAUCAUCCUGUAUUCGCCCACUAACAAGAAAUUGAAGAACACUGUGAUUAUUAACAUCCAUAUGCUGAUUGGUAUCUUCAUGAAAAUCAUUACAGUUGUGGAACCUGAUGAUGUUAAGAUACAGAGCGUAUCCUCCUGUACGCACAUGUGCUUAUAA